UUUCGCUUUAUUAUAUGAUCACAAAGGGCGUUUAAACAUAUAACCCUUGUUUUUUAUCGGUAUUAGAGUUCAUUGUUACUCAAGGCCACGACAAUUAACGCUCGACUGUGUUAGUACUAUAUAUCGUCAAGAUGGAUCGCGGAGAUGUUCAGGUCCACAAAGCUUACCAAAAGCAGCCCAAUGUCAGCGUUUUGAAGUUUCAGAAAUUGGGACGUAAGUCUCGUUACUACAAAGAUGUUGGUAUGGGUUUCGAGACUCCCAAGGAGGCUAAGGAAGGCACCUACAUUGACAAGAAGUGCCCAUUCACUGGCAAUGUCUCAAUCCGUGGAAGGAUUAUCAAGGGAAUGGUUCUCUCCGCCAAGAUGAAGCGUACCAUCAUCAUGCGUGUGAGCUACCUUCACUAUGUGAAGAAGUACAAUCGUUUUGAGAAGCGCCACAGGAACAUUCCCUGCCACUGCUCUCCAUGCUUCGAGCCCACUGCCGGAGACAUUGUCACUGUUGGUCAGUGCAGGCCCCUAUCGAAAACAGUUCGUUUCAACGUUCUUAAGGUUGAAAAGAACCAAAUUUUCGGUAACCCUAGGAAACAGUUCCGCCUGUUCUAAACUCUAGGUGUUCCCGCCACAACGUGGGUAC